UCUCGGUAUCUGGAUCCAUCUCCAGCGAAUUCCUCCGCAGCUCUUUGCCAGACAUAUGGGAUCAAUCAGGGCUCCAGAGCUGGUGCGCUUGUGAGGGAAUGUUGACAGCAUGACAGGCGCGGGGUUCUGGUGUCAUGGAAUCUCCAAGAGUCUUUAGCUGGAUCCUGGAGAAGAGAAGGAGAGGGGGAGGAGAGAGAUAGAGAGAGAUACGGAAAGGAGAAAGGAGAGGGGAGAGGGGGAAGGACAGAGGAGGGAGAGGACAGGGAAGGAGGGAAGUGGCUCUGGCUUCACUGCCCCCUUCCCUUCAAACAUUUUAUAGGCUUCAGGGAGAGAGAGGAGGAGGAGGCGAGCGGGAAGAGAAAUAGCGGAGAGCUAGAGGGGCAGAGCGCGCCAGUCCCUCCUGCAUCCCCGAGCUGCCAGAGGAGUCUGGAUCCUGUCCCCAGUGUCACCCGAAAGUGCGCUGAGGCUCUCGGGUGCUGCCCUGGGUCCCCUCCGCUAAGCCGGGGCCACCGGUCGCCUCUCUCCGCGGGACUGUCGCCUUGCACUCCCUGGGGGUGACCGCUUGGUCCCCAGCGCGAUGUGGCCGCGCCUGGCCUUUUGUUGCUGGGGUCUGGCGCUGGUCUCGGGCUGGACCAGCUUUCAGCCAAUGUCCCCGUCGCGCAACUUCAGCUUCCGCUUCUUCCCCGAGGCCUCUCCUGGAGCUCCGGGACGACUGGCCGCGCCGCCCGCGCCGGGAGAGGAGGAGGCGGCCGACAGCAAAGUGGAGCGCCUGGGUCGGGCGUUCCGCAGCCGCGUCCGGCGCCUGCGGGAGCUCAGCGGGCGCCUGGAGCUCGUGUUCCUCGUGGACGAAUCGUCCAGCGUGGGCCAAGCCAACUUCCUCAACGAGCUCAAGUUCGUGCGCAAGCUGCUGUCCGAUUUCCCCGUGGUGUCCACGGCCACGCGCGUGGCCAUCGUCACCUUCUCGUCUAAGAACAACGUGGUGCCGCGCGUGGAUUACAUCUCCACCAGCCGCGCGCACCAGCACAAGUGCGCGCUGCUCAGCCGAGAGAUCCCCGCCAUCACCUACCGCGGAGGUGGUACCUACACCAAGGGCGCCUUCCAACAAGCGGCGCAAAUCCUUCGUCAUUCUAGAGAAAACUCAACCAAAGUUAUAUUUCUCAUCACUGAUGGAUAUUCUAAUGGUGGAGAUCCCAGACCAGUUGCAGCAUCGCUACGUGAUUUUGGAGUGGAGAUCUUCACUUUCGGCAUAUGGCAAGGGAAUAUCCGGGAACUGAAUGACAUGGCUUCUGCCCCGAAGGAGGAGCACUGCUACCUGCUCCACAGUUUUGAAGAAUUUGAGGCUUUAGCUCGCCGAGCAUUGCAUGAAGAUCUACCUUCUGGGAGUUUUAUUCAAGAGGAUAUGUCCCACUGUUCGUAUCUUUGUGAAGCCGGAAAAGAUUGCUGUGACCAAAUGGCCAGCUGCAAAUGUGGAACACACACAGGUCAAUUUGAAUGCAUCUGUGAAAAGGGAUAUUACGGCAAAGGUCUUCAGCAUGAAUGCACAGCUUGCCCGUCGGGGACAUACAAGCCUGAGGCUUCCCCAGGAGGAAUCAGCACAUGCAUCUCAUGUCCUGAUGAGAAUCACACCUCUCCACCAGGAAGCACAUCUCCUGAAGACUGUGUGUGCCGAGAGGGAUACCAGUCAUCUGGCCAGACCUGUGAAGUUGUCCACUGCCCUGCCCUGAAGCCUCCUGAAAAUGGUUAUUUCAUCCAAAACACUUGCAAAAACCACUUCAAUGCAGCCUGUGGGGUCCGAUGUCGCCCUGGAUUUGACCUCGUGGGCAGCAGCAUCCUCUUGUGUCUACCCAAUGGUUUGUGGUCCGGGACAGAGAGCUCCUGCAGAGUGAGAACAUGUCCCCACCUCCGCCAGCCCAAAUAUGGCCGCAUCAGCUGUUCUACUGUGGAAAUGUCUUACAAUACCGUGUGUCUGGUUACCUGUAAUGAAGGGUACAGACUAGAAGGAAGUGCUAAGCUUACCUGUCAAGGAAACUCCCAGUGGGACAGUGCAGAACCCCGAUGUGUAGAGCGCCAGUGCUCCACCUUUCAGAAGCCCAAAGGAGUCAUCAUAUCUCCCCCUAAUUGUGGCAAGCAGCCCGCCAAACCCGGAAUGAUUUGUCAGCUAAGCUGCCGCCAAGGCUUCAUUUUAUCUGGGGUCAGAGAAGUGAGAUGUGCCACAUCCGGGAAAUGGAGUGUGAAGGUUCAGACAGCUGUGUGCAAAGAUGUGGAGGCUCCGCAAAUCGAUUGUCCUAAGGACAUCGAGGCUAAGACUCAGGAACAGCAAGACUCCGCUAACAUCACCUGGCAAAUUCCAACAGCUAAAGACAACUCUGGUGAAAAGGUAACAAUCCAUGUUCACCCAGCCUUUACUCCGCCUUACCUUUUCCCAAUUGGAGAAGUGGCUGUCACCUACACAGCAACUGACCUAUCCGGCAACCAGGCCAGCUGCACUUUCUACAUUAAUGUUAUUGAUAUGGAACCGCCUGUCAUAGAUUGGUGCCGAUCUCCACCUCCAAUCCAGGUCUCAGAGAAGGAGCAUGCUGCCAACUGGGAUGAACCUCAGUUCUCAGACAACUCUGGGGCUGAAUUGGUCAUUACCAGAAGUCACACACAAGGAGACCUCUUUCCUCAUGGGGAAACUGUGGUACGGUAUACAGCCACUGACCCCUCAGGCAACAACAGGACAUGUGACAUCCACAUUGUCGUAAAAGGUUCUCCCUGUGAAGUUCCAUUCACACCUAUAAAUGGGGACUUUAUCUGUGCCCAAGACAGUGCUGGAGUUAACUGUACCCUGAGUUGCCUGGAGGGCUACGAUUUCACAGAAGGGUCGACUGAGAAGUAUUACUGUGCUUUUGCAGAUGGCAUCUGGAGACCACCAUAUUCUACUGAAUGGCCAGACUGUGCUAUAAAACGUUUUGCAAACCAUGGAUUCAAGUCCUUUGACAUGUUGUACAAAGCAACUCGCUGUGACGACACAGAUCUAUUGAAGAAGUUUUCUGAAGCAUUUGAGACUACCCUGGGGAAAAUGGUCCCAUCAUUUUGUAGUGAUGCUGGCGACAUUGACUGCAGACUGGAGGAGCUGACCAAAAAAUACUGCAUAGAAUAUAAUUAUGACUAUGAAAAUGGCUUUGCAAUCGGACCAGGGGGCUGGGGUGCAGCUAACAGACUGGAUUACUCUUAUGAUGACUUCCUAGAUGUUGUGCAAGAAACACCCACAGGUGUGAGCAAAGCCAGAUCAGCACGGAUUAAAAGAAGUGUCUCAUCAUCUGACCACAAAAUUAAGUUAAUUUUUAAUAUCACAGCUAGUGUGCCACUACCAGAUGAAAGAAAUGAUACCCUUGAAUUGGAAAAUCAGCAACGACUCAUUAAGACAUUGGAAACAAUCACAAAUCGCCUGAGAAGGACCUUGAAUAAAGAACCCAUGUAUUCCUUCCAGCUUGCCUCAGAAAUGCUGGUGGCCGACAGUAAUUCCCUGGAAACAGAAAAGGCUUUUCUCUUCUGCAGGCCAGGCUCUGUGCUAAGGGGGCGCAUGUGUGUCAAUUGUCCUCUGGGGACCUAUUAUUCACUGGAGCAUUCUGUCUGUGAAAGCUGCCAGAUGGGAUCCUAUCAAGAUGAAGAAGGGCAACUGGCAUGCAAGCUUUGUCCCCCUGGGACUCACACUGAGUAUCUCCAUUCCAGAAGCAUCUCUGAAUGCAAAGCUCAGUGUAAACAAGGCACCUACUCCUCCAAUGGGCUUGAGACCUGUGAAUCAUGUCCCCUGGGUACCUAUCAACCGGAAUUUGGAUCCCGGAGCUGCCUCUUAUGUCCAGAACCCACUACAACCGUGAAGAGGGGAGCUGUGGACAUCUCUGCUUGUGGAGUGCCCUGUCCAGUAGGAGAAUUCUCCCGCUCUGGGUUAAUACCCUGCUAUCCCUGUCCUCAAGACUAUUACCAGCCCAACCCAGGGAAGUCCUUCUGCUUGUCUUGCCCCUUUUAUGGAACUACAACCAUCACUGGUGCCGGGUCCAUCACGGAUUGUUCAAGUUUUAGCUCUACUUUCUCUGCAGCGGAAGAAAGCAUAGUACCCCUCCCGUCCCCUGGGCAGAUCCAAAAACAGCACGAAGUCAGCAGUCAGGUUUUCCAUGAGUGCUUCUUAAACCCUUGCCACAAUAGUGGAACCUGCCAGCAACUUGGGCGUGGAUAUGUCUGUCUCUGUCCACCUGGAUAUACAGGCUUAAAGUGUGAAACAGAUGUUGAUGAGUGCAGCUCACUGCCUUGCCUCAACAAUGGAAUUUGUAAAGAUGGGGUUGGAGGAUUCACUUGUGAAUGCUCAUUGGGUUACACAGGUCAACUCUGUGAAGAAAACAUAAAUGAAUGUAGCUCCAGCCCUUGUUGGAAUAAAGGAACCUGCACUGAUGGCUUGGCUAGCUACCACUGUGCCUGUACGAAAGGAUAUAUUGGUGUACACUGUGAAACAGAAGUCAACGAAUGCCAGUCAAACCCAUGCUUGAAUAAUGCAGCUUGUGAAGACCAAGUUGGGGGAUUCUUGUGCAAAUGCCCACCUGGAUUUUUGGGUACUCGGUGUGAAAAAAACAUCGACGAAUGUCUCAGUCAGCCGUGCCAAAAUGGAGCCACUUGUAGAGAUGGUGCCAACAGUUUCAGGUGCCAGUGCCUUGCAGGCUUCACCGGGCCACACUGUGAACUGAACGUCAAUGAAUGUCAAUCCAACCCCUGUAGAAACCAGGCCACAUGUUUGGAUGAGAUAAACUCAUAUAGUUGUAAAUGUCGGCCAGGGUUUUCAGGCAGCAGAUGUGAAACAGAACAGUCUACAGGUUUCAACCUGGAUUUUGAAGUUUCUGGCAUCUAUGGGUACGUCAUGCUGGAUGGAGUGCUUCCGUCUCUCCACGCUGUAACCUGUGCAUUCUGGAUGAAAUCCUCUGAUGUCAUCAACUAUGGAACACCAAUCUCCUACGCACUUGAGGAUGGUAAAGACAAUACCUUCCUCCUGACUGAUUAUAAUGGCUGGGUUCUUUAUGUGAAUGGCAAGGAAGAGAUAACAAAUUGUCCCUCUGUGAAUGAUGGCACUUGGCAUCAUAUUGCAAUCACAUGGACGAGCGCUGGUGGAGCCUGGAAAGUCUACAUCGAUGGGAAAUUAUCUGACGGUGGUACCGGCCUCUCUGUUGGCAAAGCCAUACCUGGCGGUGGUGCAUUAGUUCUUGGGCAAGAGCAAGACAAGAAAGGGGAAGGAUUCAACCCAGCUGAGUCCUUUGUAGGCUCCAUAAGCCAGCUCAACCUCUGGGACUAUGUCCUGUCUCCACAGCAGGUGAAAUCGCUUGCUAGCUCCUGCCCAGAGGAACUCCGUCGAGGAAAUGUGUUAGCCUGGCCUGAUUUCUUAUUGGGAAUCAUGGGGAAGGUGAAGGUUGAUUCUAAGAGCAUAUUCUGUUCUGAUUGUCCAUCUUUGGAAGGAUCAAUACCUCACCUGAGAACUGCAUCAGUAGAUCGAAAGCCAGGCUCCAAAGUCAGUCUGUUCUGUGAUCCGGGCUUCCAGAUGGUUGGGAAUCCUGUGCAGUACUGUCUAAACCAAGGACAGUGGACGCAACCACUCCCUCACUGUGAACGCAUUCGCUGUGGGGUGCCUCCCCUCUUGGAGAAUGGUGUCUAUUCAGCUGAGGACCUCCAUGCAGGCAGCACGGUGACCUACCAGUGCAACAGCGGCUACUACUUGUUGGGUGAUUCACGGAUGUUCUGCACAGAUAACGGGAGCUGGAAUGGCAUUUCACCAUCGUGCCUUGAUGUUGAUGAGUGUGCAGUUGGAUCAGACUGUCAUGAGCAUGCCUUCUGCCUGAAUACAAAUGGAUCCUACAUCUGCUCCUGUAACCCACCAUACACAGGAGAUGGUAAAAAGUGUGCAGAACCAAUAAAAUGUAAGCCUCCAAAAGAUCCAGAAAAUGGCCACUCUUCAGGCAAGAUUUAUACAGUGAGUGCAGAAGUCACGUUUUCCUGUGAGGAGGGUCACCAGCUGGUGGGAUUUAGUACAAUCACCUGUUUGGAGUCUGGCGAAUGGGAUCACCCAAGACCCUACUGUGAAGCUGUUUCCUGUGGUGUGCCAAAGAUUCCUGAGAAUGGGGGCAUUGACGGCGCAGCAUUUACUUAUGGCAGUAAAGUGACCUUUAGGUGUGAUGAAGGGUAUACUUUGGAUGGUGAUGAAGAAUCAGCCUGCCUUGCUAGCGGCUCUUGGAGUCACUCCUCUCCUGUGUGUGAACUGGUGACAUGUUCCAGACCCGAGAACAUAAACAAUGGGAAAUACGUCUUAAGUGGGCUCACCUACCUUUCUACUGCAUCAUAUUCCUGUGAGAACGGAUACAGCUUACAGGGCUCUUCCAUCAUUGAAUGCACGGCCUCAGGCAGCUGGGACAGAGAGUCACCUACCUGUCAUCUUGUCUCCUGUGGCGAGCCACCUGUCCUCAAAGAUGCUGUCAUCACUGGGAGUAACUUCACUUUUGGGAACACCAUUACUUACACGUGCAAAGAAGGCUAUACCCUUGCUGGUCCUGACACCAUAGAAUGCCUGGCCAAUGGCAAGUGGAGUGGAAAUAACCAGCAGUGUCUGGCUGUCUCCUGUGAUGAGCCCCCCAAUGUGGACCACGCUUCUCCAGAGACUGCUCACAGGCUGUUCGGAGACACUGCGUUCUACUACUGUGCAGAUGGUUACAGCCUGGCGGACAAUUCCCAGCUCCUCUGCAAUGCCCAGGGCAAAUGGGUUCCUCCAGAAGGCCAGGUCAUGCCCCGCUGCAUAGCUCAUUUCUGUGAAAAACCGCCAUCUGUUUCCUAUAGCAUCUUGGAAUCUGCGAGCAAAGCAAAAUUUGCAGCAGGCUCAGUAGUGAGCUUCAAGUGCAUGGAAGGUUUCGUGCUGAACACCUCAGCAAAGAUUGAAUGCAUGAGAGGUGGGCAAUGGAACCCUUCUCCCAUGUCCAUCCAGUGCAUCCCUGUGCGGUGUGGAGAGCCCCCAAGCAUCAUGAACGGCUAUGCAAGUGGAACAAACUACAGCUUUGGGGCCAUGGUGGCCUACAGCUGCCACAAGGGGUUCUAUAUCAAAGGGGAGAAGAGGAGCACCUGUGAGGCCACAGGACAGUGGAGCAGCCCCAUGCCCACAUGCCACCCUGUAUCCUGUAGUGACCCACCUAAGGUCGAGAAUGGCUUUCUGGAGCACACCACCGGCAGAACCUUUGAGAGUGAAGUGAGGUACCAGUGCAACCCAGGCUACAGGGCAGUUGGAAGUCCUGUGUUUGUCUGCCAAGCCCACCGCCACUGGCACAGUGAGUCACCUCUGUCCUGCAUCCCUCUCAACUGUGGUAAACCUCCCCCGAUCCAGAAUGGCUUCAUAAAAGGAGAAAACUUUGAAGUGGGCUCAAAGGUUCAGUUUUUCUGCAAUGAGGGGUAUGAACUUGUUGGUGAUAACUCCUGGACUUGCCAGAAAUCUGGUAAAUGGAGUAAGAAGCCAAGUCCAAAGUGUGUGCCCACCAAGUGCCCAGAGCCACCCCUUUUGGAAAACCAGCUUGUUCUAAAGGAGUUAACUUCCGAGGUAGGCGUGAUGACGAUUUCCUGUAAAGAAGGGCAUGCCUUGCAAGGUCCUGCUGUCCUGAAGUGCUUGCCAUCCCGCCAAUGGAAUGAUUCAUUUCCUGUCUGUAAGAUGGUCCUUUGCCUCCCUCCUCCCUUGAUUGCCUUCGGCGUCCCUGAGCUUUCUGCUCUUCAUUUUGGAAGUACUGUCAAGUACUCAUGUGUUGAUGGGUUUUUUCUAAGAGGAGAGCCAACCACCACCUGCCAGGCCAAUGGCACUUGGAGUUCUCCACUGCCAGAAUGUGUUCCUGUAGAAUGCCCCCACCCUGAGGAGAUCCCCAAUGGUAUCAUCGAUGUGCAAGGACUUGCCUAUCUCAGCACCGCUCUCUACACCUGCAAGCCAGGCUUUGAGUUAGUGGGCAAUACUACCACCCUCUGUGGAGAAAAUGGUCAGUGGCUUGGAGGAAAACCAACAUGCAAACCCAUUGAGUGCCCAGAACCCAAAGACAUUUUAAAUGGCAAAAUCUCUUACACAAACCUUCAUUAUGGACAGACCAUCACAUACUCUUGUGACCGAGGUUUCCAACUUGAAGGUCCCAAAGCUCUGACCUGUUUAGAGACUGGUGAUUGGGAUGUGGAUGCCCCAUCUUGCAAUGCCAUCCAAUGUAAUGCCCCACAGCCCAUUGAAAAUGGCUUUGUAGAGGGUGCAGAUUACAGCUACGGUGCCAUGAUCAUCUACAGCUGCUUCCCUGGAUUUCAGGUGGCUGGUCAUGCCAUGCAGACCUGCGAAGAGUCAGGAUGGUCAAGCUCCAUCCCAACAUGUAUACCCAUAGACUGUGGUCUCCCUCCUCACAUAGAUUUUGGAGACUGUACUAAAGUUAAAGAUGGUCAGAGCUAUUUUGAUCAAGAAGAUGACAUGAUGGAAGUUCCAUAUCUGGCUUCUCACCCCCAGCAUUCAGAAGUAGUGACUAAAACCCUGGAAAAUCCUAAGGAGUCCCCUGCUACACAUUCAUCCCACUUUCUACAUGGCACUAUGGUUUCCUACACCUGUAAUCUAGGAUAUGAACUCCUGGGGAACCCAGUGCUGAUGUGCCAGGAAGAUGGAACUUGGAAUGGCAGUGCACCUUCUUGCAUUUCAAUAGAAUGUGACUUGCCUGUUGCUCCUGAAAAUGGCUUUUUGCAUUUUACACAGAAUACCAUGGGAAGUGCUGCACAAUACAGCUGCAAACCUGGGCACAUUCUAGAAGGCUCUGACUUAAGACUUUGUCUACCAAAUAAGAAGUGGAGUGGUACCCCCCCACGCUGUGAAGCUAUUUCAUGCAAUAAGCCAAAUCCAGUCAAGAAUGGAUUGAUCAAAGGAAGCAACUACUCAUAUCUGGGUGUGGUGUUCUAUGAGUGUGACCCUGGCUACGUGCUCAAUGGCACCGAGAGGAGAACAUGCCAGGAAAAUAAAAAUUGGGAUGGGCAUGAGCCCGUGUGUAUUCCAGUGGAUUGUGGCUCACCCACAGUGUUGACCAAUAGCCAAGUGAAAGGAGAGGAAUACACAUUCCAGAAAGAGAUUGAAUACACUUGCCAUGAAGGGUUCUUGCUGGAAGGACCCAGGAGUCGUGUUUGUCUUGCCAAUGGGAGUUGGAGUGAUGCCACUCCCAACUGCAUACCUGUCAGAUGUGCCACACCACCACAGGUGGCAAAUGGGGUGAUGGAUGGUCUGGACUAUGGCUUCAAGAAGGAAGUAGUGUUCCGCUGUCUGGAUGGCUAUGCAUUACAUGGAACUCCAAAACUCAUUUGUCAAUCAGAUGGUACCUGGGAUGCAGAAGCUCCUAUCUGCAAACCGGUCAACUGUGGGCCUCCUGAAGAUCUUCCCCAAGGCUUCCCUAAUGGAUUUUCCUUUUAUCAUGGGGGUCAUAUACAGUAUCAGUGUUUCCCUGGUUAUAAGCUCCAUGGAAAUCCUUCAAGAAGAUGCCUCUCCAAUGGCUCCUGGAGUGGCAGCUCACCUUCCUGCCUACCUUGCAGGUGUUCCACACCAGUCAUUCAACAUGGAACUUUCAAUGUGACUGAUUUGGGGUGUGGAAAGACAAUCCAGUUUGAGUGUUUCAAAGGUUUCAAGCUCCUAGGACUUUCUGAAAUCACUUGUGAAGCCAACAGCCAGUGGAGUUCUGGCUUCCCACUUUGUGAACACUCUGUCUGUGGUUCUGUGCCAACCAUACCUAACGCAUUUGUCAGUGAGAGCAGCUCUUCAAAGGAAAACCUGGUAACUUACAGCUGCAGGUCUGGCUACAUCAUGCAAGGUAGUUCAGAUCUGAUUUGUACAGAGAAAGGGACAUGGAGCCAACCUUAUCCAGUGUGUGAACCCCUUUCCUGUGGACCUCCACCAUCUGUUGCCAAUGCAGUGGCAACUGGAGAGGAGUAUACCUAUGAAAGUGAAGUGAAACUCAGAUGUCUGGAAGGUUACAUGAUGGAUACAGAUACAGAUACAUUCACCUGCCAGAAAGAUGGUCAUUGGUUCCCCGAAACAAUCUCCUGCAGUCCUAAAAAAUGUCCUGUGCCAUUGAACAUAACACGUGUACUUCUUCAUGGAGAGGAUUUUCAGGUGAAUGAGCAAGUUUCUGUAUCAUGUGCAGAAGGGUUUACCUAUGAGGGAGUGAACACAUCAACCUGUCAGCCUGAUGGUACAUGGGAGCCACCAUUUUCUGAGGAAUCUUGCAUCCCAGUUUCUUGUGGGCAGCCUGAAAGUCCGGAACAUGGAUUUGUGGUUGGCAGCAAAUACAGUUUUGAAAGCACGAUUGUUUAUCAAUGUGACCCUGGCUACAAAUUAGAGGGGAACAGGGAACGAGUCUGUCAGGAGAACAGAGAGUGGAGCGGAGAGGUCGCAACAUGCAGAGAGAGUAGAUGUGAAGCUCCAGCUGAGUUUCUGAAUGGGAAGGCUGCCAUGGAAAACACCACAGCUGGACUCAGCAUGGUCUACACCUGCCACAGAGGCUACAGCCUGGAGGGGCGCCCAGAGGCACACUGUGCUGAAAAUGGAACUUGGAGUCACCCGGCUCCAGUCUGCAAACCAAAUCCAUGUCCUGUUCCUUUUGUGAUUCCUGAGAAUGCUCUACUUUCUGAAAAGGAGUUUUAUGUUGACCAGAAUGUAACUAUCAAAUGUAGGGAAGGCUUCCUGCUCAAGGGCCAUGGUGUCAUCACCUGCAACCCCGAUGAGACAUGGACCCAGACAAGUGCCAAAUGUGAAAAAAUUUCAUGUGGUCCACCAGCACAUGUGGAAAAUGCAAUUGCUCGAGGUGUACACUACCAAUAUGGAGACAUGAUCACCUACUCCUGUUAUAGUGGGUACAUGUUGGAAGGUUCCCUGAGAAGUGUUUGCCUAGAAAAUGGAACAUGGACAUCGCCUCCUAUUUGCAGAGCUGUCUGUCGGUUCCCAUGUCAGAAUGGAGGUGUCUGCCAACGCCCAAAUGCAUGUUCCUGCCCAGAUGGCUGGAUGGGGCGUCUCUGUGAAGAGCCAAUAUGCAUCCUUCCCUGUUUGAAUGGUGGACGAUGUGUGGCCCCUUACCAGUGUGACUGCCCACCUGGCUGGACUGGGGCCCGCUGUCAUACAGCUACUUGCCAGUCACCCUGCUUAAAUGGUGGAAAAUGUAUAAGACCAAAUCGAUGCCAUUGCCUCUCAGCCUGGACAGGACAUGACUGCUCGAGGAAAAGGCGAACUGGGUUCUAAUCACUGCACCCCUACAGGCUCUCCCAAAGCAGGAUCAUCUCUUCCUGGCAGCUCCUGGGCCUCCUGGAACUCACAUCAAGAAAGUCCGACAUGGUGCUGGGGCUUGCUGGGGCUUGUUUUGUUUAGUAAGCUUAUUUGAGGGUGACUUUUUUUUUAUUUUGUGACCUAUUUUAUUAUUCUUUGUGACCUUCCUUCUUACAUGUUUUCAUUUUUAAAUAUGCCUGUAUUUUCUAUAUAAAAAUUAUAUUAAAUAGAUGCUGCUCCACCCUCACAAAAUGUACAUACUCUGCUGUCUGUUGGAAAAAUUCCUGGAACACAUUUUUAUUCAGUUACUUAAAAUAAUUUUUCCAUUAAAAUAUAUUUUGCUACUAAAU